AUGCCAUCUAGCGAAACAUAUCUAACCUUCUUAUUUUUCUUUUAUCCUAUUCUAGCACUGGCAUCGUGGGCCAGUCAAUGUCUGACCAAUUUUUUCAUCUUACGUCAUACCCCAAAAUUUAUGGAAAAAUUAAAAUAUGUGAUGAUCAAUACGAGUGUGUUUCAAACUGCUCACGUUUCUGUAUGCUGGCUUAUGCAGUUCCGUCAAGUUUCCAACGCGGAUCCUAUUCAAAUUUGGAGCUACGGUCUGGGGAAAUAUUUUCCAGCACAUAUUGGUUAUAUGUUCUAUCAUAUUAUGCAGACAUGCACAUUUGCUAGUGGAAUUUCUGUGGUAAUAAGUUUGUUUCUCAAGUAUCAAGCUGUUCGAUUAACACCAUUUGAUCCAAAAUGGAGAAAAUUUGUAUUGUUUCUUAUUAUCCUACCCUUAAUUAUUUCUGUGACCAUGGAAGUAGUCCUUAUCGUUGACCACUCUCUACCUCUGGAGAUACGGGAACAUUAUGAACAAUUGAAUCUGAGCAAUGAACAGUACACAAUUGUGGGUGUCAUAGAUUUUUUGAUCUGGCCAUCUACAGUCAACACCUCUGUUAUGGUAUUAUCAGUAUUCAUGUUUCCAGUUGUUGGGUUACUUUCCUUAUGGAAAAUGAGAAAGCUAUUCAAAAGAACAUCAGACAGAGUGUCAGCAAUCAAGAAUACACAGAGAAGACUUUUUCUUAUUGGUCUUGUCAUCCAAACAUUUCUUCCUCUCAUUUUCUAUUGUCCUAUUUCGCUAGUGUAUUUUUAUUGCAUCAGAACAAAAGAAGAAAUCCUACUUCAACAAUAUUUUAUGUUCACGCUUCCUGCAUGUCCGGCUCUUAUAGAUCCAUACAUUACAUUAUAUUUUGUGAAACCAUAUCGGGAUACUAUUAAAAAUUGGUUUACCAUAAGAUUGGGAACGGAAAAAGCGGUUAUAGUAUCUCCGGCAACAAAGAAUAGUACUUUGAUGAUUGUGGAAUAA